GGGAGGGGUGUAACUGUGCUGGUGCUUCACAACUUGUACUGUACAGCGCACUCUGUUUUCCCUAUUCCAAUCAAUGAGUAUUGUUAUUGUUGGACUUGUAUCUGAUUGCCAGACAACUGAAACACGUCUAUUCAACUUUGUUACAUAAAGGUGCCAUGCUGUUGGGGGUCCGUGGAUGAGCCCCCCUUUCAGGAAGCAUGACGUCGCCAGGAGACAGAGGUGCACUGGUGGAGAGGGGAUACAUCCCCCUGGACAUUGACAAUGUCCACAUGCUUCUGCAGGUGGAGCAAGAGCAAAUUCAGAAGAGAACCUUCACCAACUGGAUCAAUGCUCAGCUCUCAAAGAGGAUUCCCCCGUGCAUGGUGUUGGACCUGUUCAAUGAUUUCCGGGACGGGUCUAAGCUGCUGGACCUGCUGGAGGUGAUGAGUGGCCAGCGGAUGAGUCGGGAGAGAGGCAGAGGCAUCUUUCAGCACAGGAGCAACAUUGAAACAGCCCUGUCCUUCUUGAAGAAGAAAUCGAUCAAACUGGUCAACAUUAACAUUCCCGACAUCAUCGACGGCAAACCAUCCAUCAUCCUAGGCUUGAUCUGGACAAUCAUUAUGCAGUAUCAUAUUGAGGAGCUGGCCAGCAGCCUGUCGUUCAGCUCCCGUCAGUCCUCUCUGGAGUCACUGGCCAGCCUGGACUCUCGCUCCACCCUGUCGGCCCGCUCUACUAGCAACAGCCCCGUGCCCCCCAGGGGCUCCCCCCUACACCAGCGUUUCCGCGUCUCUGCCAAGAAAGCUCUGCUGCUCUGGGUCAGGGAACAGUGCCACAAGGCUGGCUGUACUCUGAAUGUGAAGGACUUCAAGGCCAGUUGGCGGAGCGGUGUGCUCUUCUUGUCCAUCCUGUAUGCCCUGAGACCUGACCUGGUGGACCUGUCCAAGGCCAGAACCAGAACUAACCGGCAGAACCUGGAGGAGGCCUUCCGCACUGCCGAGCGCGAGCUGCGCAUCCCCAGACUACUGGAGCCCGAUGAUGUCGAUGUGAGAGACCCAGAUGAGAAGUCCAUCAUGACCUACGUGUCCCAGUUCCUCCAGUACUCCAGGGACAUGCCUGUGACAGAGGAUGACAUGCAGAUGUACUAUAUGACUCCUCCUAAAAGCCUCUCCCCUGUCAACCUGCCCACUCACUUCACUCCUGCCAUCGCUGCCUCCCCUCUGCGCCAGGCUCGCCUGCUCCAACCCCUACUUAUGAGAUCAGCUCCUUGUCAAGAACCGGAACCCUCCAGAGCUGCUGCUGCUGCGACCACAACCAAUCAGAAGACCCAGGAAGUGACCUGCUGGCUGUUGCAGGCCUAUCAGGAGUUACUGGAAGGCUGGGACUCCACAGAAGGCGAGAGCUAUGCAGAGAGAUACCAUGUGUUCCAAACCUUUGUGGUGUCCUUUAACGAGCAGCGUCGCCCCGUGAUGCCUCUCCUGACAGCCAUGAAGCGCACCCCCCAGCUGAGUGAGGAACAGAGGAACCUCAGGGGGGCUUGGGACGCCCUCGCCGAGAAGCUGCGUGAGUAUAAGACAGAGCUGGACCUUAGUCUGCCUGCUUCCCUGGAAAUGGUGGGCCGCUGGCUGCUUAGGGCUGAGGGGGCGCUGGCUGAGGAGGAGGGGGACCCUCAGGACCACGCCCGCGCCGCCGAGGAGGCCAGGGAGAAACUGGAUCUGCUCAAGACAUCCCUGGACGAGAUGCCCCAACAACUUAAGAACUUUCAGAAGUUCCAGAAUAUGGAUGAAUAUGGAGCCAUCCUGGUGCCUACUGACAAACUGGAAGAGAUGAAGAGAAGGUUCACCAGUGUAAGAGUCACUGCCAAGUACCAUGGGAUCAAACUGGAGUACCAGGAGCACCGGCACACAGUGCUGGACCUGCUGGGCCAGAUCAGCAGCAAGCUCCGUGUCUGGAAGAGACCCUACAUAUCCCAGGAGGCUGUGCGUGUGCUGCUGCAGGACUGGCAUGAGUUAGUGGUUAAACAGGACCUACCAUCCUUGCUGGAGGGGGCUCUCCUUAAAUUGAAGCUUGUUGCAAGCAAAUAUACUAGCAAAUCUGCCCUAGCUGCAGACUCCAAAUACAUAAUGUGCCAAGUGAAGGAGUUGGAGGAGGAGGGUGCUGUGGCUCUGGAGGGAGUGUCUACGGUGAAGAGCACUAUGGGCCGUGUGCUGUCUGCCUGGGACUCCUACUGUGACUGUUACAGCUCCCUGCAGGCUUGGCUGGAGCAGGCCUCAGCCUCCCACACGCUCGCACAGAGGCCAGAGGUAACAUCUGAGAGUAUGUCAGAGUGGAGUUCCCGCCAGGCCCAUCUGAAUGAGGUAGGGAACUUCCUGGUCCAGCUGACUGACCCCAUGACCAGCCGAGCUCUGGCAGAUGACCUCUGCAAGCUCAACCUGCAUUGGGCGGACUUUAUCAAGAUAACACAAUUUGCUGUUGUAGCUGUGCCCAGCGGAGCUGCAGCCAGACCCCAAGACCUCCAGGCCCUCUUCAGAGAGGCCACCCAGAUCCUGAAGGAACCUGUAGAGGCCAUGUCUGGGCCCCUGAGGACCUACACGAAGAAACUACAGUUCAUGAUGAGGAAGAUAAAGGAAGUGGAUAUGGAUGCCCUCUCCCCCUCCACAGAAUGCUCAGCUGAGACUCUACAGAAACUGAAGCUGGCUUUACCUGAGGUGAUGCAGACGCUGGUUGAGGCUGAGCAGGUGUGUGUGGAGCUGCAGCACAGUGUGUCUGGUCUGGACUGCCGCCUGGCAGAGCUCCUGCACUGGGAGACAGAGGCCCGGGACCUCUACCAGAUCCUGAAGGCAGGAGAACGCAGGGCUUCACGGUGCCAGGACCCCCGCGCCAGGGCGCUGAUCUCUCGUGGGCUGCAGCUGGAGGGUCAGGUGGUGACUGAGGAGCAGGAUCUGCAGGUGAUGGUGAUGACAGGACAGAAGAACUCUCCCCUCCAGUACCUCCUUGUCUCCGCCAUGCAGGACAGAGUCAGAGCUGCCGUGGCUCAGUCACAGGAGGCAGUUGGGAUGCUGAGCUCUCUGGGAGCCAGAAGAGACAGAAGCCAAAGCCCCACAGAAGACCAGAACCCACCCAAGAUCUUCAUCCAGCCUGAAGAGGGGACUCAACCCAAACAGCCUCAAUCACUCUCUCUUGCCAGGCAUGCAACUCAGGCCGUUGCUCAAUUAGCAUCUCAGCCUGAUGUGAAACCACAGCCCCAGUCCCAGCCUUCCCCUACUAAACCACAAGCUCAGGCCCAACACCCACCAAUACCACAGAUUAUAGUCCAGGAAUACACAGAGAAGAAGGCAAGUCCCAGUCCUCCACUCCUGUAUUCCUAUGCACAAGCUGUUACUCAGUCAAAGGGCCGAGCACAGUCACCUCCAGAGCCACAGCCACAGGUAACCCAGAAACAACCACUAGUGCAGCAACAGCCACCAUCUCAACAACAGCGUCCAACUCAGCAACAAGUACUCUCUCAGCAACAAGUACUCUCUCAGCAAGUACUAUUUCAACAAAAGGUUCUACCUCAACAACAAAUAUCUGCUCAGCAGCAGGUUCAAAGCCAGAAACAGGCCCAACAAUCAGCACAAGCCCAGAAACAGACUCCAUCUCAGCAACCGGAAAAGACACAGAAGCAGCCUCUAACCAAGGAAGAGAUGCUGAACUGGAAGAAGCAACCUCAGGCAAUGAAGAACCGACCCUGGCUCCAGAAGAAGGUCAAGGAUCAGGAUCAGGCUCCAGCCCAGGCUCCAUCCCAAGCUCCUGCCCAGGCUCCAUCCCAAGCUCCUGCCCAGGCUCCAUCCCAAGCUCCUGCCCAGGCUCCAUCCCAAGCUCCAGCCCAGGCUCCAUCCCAAGCUCCUGCCCAGGCUCCAUCCCAAGCUCCAGCCCAGGCUCCAUCCCAAGCUCCAGCCCAGGCUCCAUCCCAAGCUCCAGCCCAGGCUCCAUCCCAAGCUCCAGCCCAGGCUCCAUCCCAAGCUCCUGCCCAGGCUUCUAAUCAAACACAGGCUCAACAACAGCCAGAGAAACCAAUCAUGUCUCAAGUCCCUGUCCAGGUAGUUCCACAGCCUGCAGGAACACCCAGGCCCCAGCCUCAGGCACAAUCCAGGACUAUGUUUCCUUCUCAAUCACAGGCCAUGGCUAGUGCUCAAGCUCUACCCCAAGCAGGGCCACAGCAAGUCCCCCAGGCAUAUCUUUAUGGCCAGCCUCCUGCCCAAUCUCUGACCCAACCCCAAGCAAAGACCAAGAGCCACACUCAACCUAAACCAACGUCCCAAGCCAAACAGCAACCCAAGACUAUUAUCCAUGCUCCAUCCCAAACCAUGACUCACACUGAACCCCAGCCCAUAACUCAAUCUCAACCUGUGACCUACUCACAAUCACAACCUGUGACCUACUCACAAUCACAGAUGCAGGCCAUUUCUCAAUCCCGGAUGACUCAAGAGAAACCCCAGCCACAGGUCCAGAAACCUCAGCCACAGGUCCAGAAACCACAGCCACAGGUUCAUCAACUGAUGCAUCCACAGUCUCAAGCUCAGGCCCAACCACAUCCCCAAGCAUGGGCCCCAGUCAGGCUGCCACAAACACUCACUGAGACGCACCAGCUUGGCCUGCAUCCACAGGCCCAGUCUCACCCCCAGGCUCACCCACAACUCCAGGCCCAGCCUCACCCUCAAGUUCAGCCUCACCCUCAAGUUCAGCCUCAACUCCAGUCCCAGCCUCACCCUCAAGUUCAGCCUCACCCUCAAGUUCAGCCUCAACCCCGGGCCCAUUCUCAACCUCAUGUCCAGCCUCACCCCCAGGCACAGCCUCACCCUCAUGUCCAGCCUCACCCCCCAGCUCAGCCUUAUCCUCAAGUCCAGCCUGAGGCCCAGCCUCAUCCUCAAGUCCAGUCGCAUCCCCAGGCUCAGCCUCACCUUCAAGUUCAUCCUCAUCCCCAGGCCCAGCCUCAAUCUCAUGUCCAGACUCAACCUCAGGCCCAGCUUCACCUACAGGCCCAGCUUCACCCCCAGGCCCAGCCUUACCCUCAAGCUCAGUCUCACCCCCAGGUCCAACUUCAUCCUCAUCCUUAUUCCUCUGCUCAGGCUCAACCCCAACAAUGGGCCCCAGUCAGACCCUUCAGCCCAAUUUACCCUCAGCCAAAGAGUCAUCCCCAGGUAACCCCAGUCAGACCUGAACCACGGCCACAAGCCUAUCCUCAGCCCAUCAUGGUCCAACGUCACCCUCUUCCUCAGGCUUGCCCACUAGGUCAAGCUCCACCGCAGCAAUGGGCCCCAAUCAGGCCAGAGCAAGCCCCCCAGGCAUAUCUUUAUGGCCAGCCUUAUGGCCAACCUCAAGCCCAAAUACAGCCCCAAAGCCAUGUUCAACAGCAGCCUCAGGUAAGAGCUUACAACCUUACCAAUGUUAAGGCCCAGCAAGGCCAGUUCCAACAGCAGCUAUGGGCCCAGCCCCAUCCCCAUCCUCAAAUUCAACCCCAGCCAUAUUUCCAGCCUCAGCCACCUCCCCAGACCCAAAUUCAACCAACAACCCAUUUGCAGCCUCAGCCCCUCUCUCAGACUCAUUCUCAGUCCCAGAUCCAGACCCAGCUCAAACUUCAGCCUCAGCCCCACUCUCAACCUCAUUCUCAGCCCCAGAUCCAGCCCAAGUUUCAGCCUCAACCUCCCCCUCAACCACAGCCUGAGCCCCAGAUCCAGAUGGAGCCCAAGCCCCAGACCCAUAUCCAGCCUCAACCCCACUCACAGCCCCAGACCAAGCCUCAGACUCAGCCCCAGCCCAUGAUCCAGCCCAUGCCCCAGCCCCAACCAGAGCCACCACCCCAGCCCAGUAUCCAGCCCCAGACCAAACACCAGCCACCUCCCCAGCCCAAUAUCCAGCCUCUUCCCCAGGUCAAGCUUCAGCUCCAGCUCCAGCCUAAGACCCAGCCCCAGGUCCUUUUCGAGCCUCAUCUCCUUCCCCAGUCACCACCAGAUUCCCCAGAGCUCCAGAUGAAACCCCCAGCUCUGGCCCAGGCCCCACCCCAGGCUUACACCGAGGCCUAUGCCAAAGCUCAGGCCCUGGCCAGGAACCAGUUUGAGGAGGCCAAGCACUGCCUGCAGGAGCACAUCCUGGCUGCCAUUAAUGUCUUCAAAGACAAACACAUAUCUAUCGAACAAGUUUCAGUUAAGGAGGAGACCCUGAGGACCCUGGACCCUGAGCUGUUGAAAGUGUUCCUGAGGGCAGCAGAGGGUAUGGAGGCCUUCUGCACCAUGCCUCAGCUCAGAGAUAUGGAGUUCUUCACACAGUCUGUCAGGACCCAAUGGGAGGCUGUGAGAGCUGAGACAGCGGCGUUUUUGCAGCAUUUACGAUUUGAAAUUAAGAGAAAAUACUUUAACACAGCUGCCUUGCAGUGUGAGAUGCACUUUAACUCAAAAUUAGCAUCCAAAGCGAAGGCAUGUUUCUCUGCAGAGGGCAGCCUAGCCCAGGCUGGGCAGCACCUGGAGGCCCUGAAGGAGCUGUGUGACACCCUGAGCCCCGAGGAUGCCCACCGUCUGGCCCAGGCUCAGCUCAGGGAGUGUGAGAAAAGACUGGCCGCCAUCCAGCGUCAGUUCAGUGGGGACAGGGAUACACCGCCCCCCGACACACCUGGAAUUCCUCUUGACCUGGGGAAAGAUCUGACCCCACAGAGGGAAUCUACAGUGCAGAGUGACAAACCUCCAGGCCCAACUGAGGUUUCACAAGUUGUUGUGAAGACAGUGGUUGUUGAGAAGAGGGUGAUUGACGAGAAGGAGAUUGACGAGAAGGAGAUUGACAAGCAGGCAGUCAGAGACGAGGAUCCUGCCAAAAAGGAGGCAUUAGAAAGAUAUGACAUUACUAAGAAGUCUGUUCAGGCUCAACUCGCCAAGAUCGAGCAGAAUUCCCAGAGAGACCUGGCCGCUGACUCAGUCUCUCUCAAAGACCUGCACACACGUCUACAGGAGAUACAGACAUUGUGCCAGGACACAGAGUCUCUGUGGCCUGAGUUUGGCCACCAGUGUUCUCAGAGCUCCCAGUACAGUGGGGAGAGGGGUGAUGGUGGUGUGAGUGUGGAGCACGACCAAGCUGAGCUGAUGAAGCAGUGGAGAGGCCAGCAGUCAGCUCUGCGUAGGAGAGGCAGCUCUCUGGGGGCAGCUCUGAGACAGGUAGACUCCACAGAGCACCACGUUGUUGACUUCUCCGAACGCCUCGACUGCUUCAUCAGAGAGCCCAAGGACAUCAACGCAUUUACACUGGCCAACACCAACAUCCUGACGGACAUCAAGGACCUGGAUGAGAGCAUUCAGAGAGAGCUGGACCAGCUGUCUAGUUUUGACUCUGAUUCCAGUGAGAUGGAUCCCAGUGAUCGCUCUCCUUUGACCCGUGUGGUCAAGACCCACAGAACCAGUCUAGACAAGCUGAGACAGCAAGUCCGUAAGAGCGAGGCGGCCGCCAGGGCCCUGGACCGCUUCCUCAUGUCCCUGCGCACCGUAGAGCAGGACAUCUCUGGAGUACAGGGUGCCCCCUGCAGUGAUGCGUGGGUAUUGCAGGACUGCCGCUCCAAGCUGGCCCUGAUCAGGCAGAGUGUGGACAGUCUGGGGGACAAGGCCCCCCAGCUAGACUUGCUACUCCAGGGGGCCAGGCUGUCUGUGACUCGGGACGGUGCCCCAGCCUCCUGCCUGGACAUGGUGUCUGCCUUGGUGUUGCGGCUUGAGGAGGCUGACUGCGGUCUGGUCAGCCAGCAGCACAGUGUCCAGAGGGAGCAGGAGAUGAAGGGCCUGGGCCUGAGGAGGAGGACUCUGCUGGCGGAGCUGAGGAAGGUGCAGGAGGCAGCAGAGAGGCACGGACUAAAGGAGCCAACCAUGCCUGCUGUGCAGCAGAGGCUGCGUGUCCUGUCUGACCUGGAGGGCCAACUGAACUCCCAGCGCUCUGAGCUCCAGAGACUCCAGGAGGCCCACUCUCAGGGCCAGGAGGGAGAAGGCAACCCCCUGGAGGAGCUGAAGACCCAGUGGGAGGACACCCAGAGAGCUGUGGCUGACAGACAGGAACAGUGCAACAUCCUGUUGGAACUACUAAAGAUGUUCCAGAGCUGUCGCAGUUACUUGAGCACCACCAUGCAGAAGGCGGAGCAGACCAUCAGUGAGCAGGCCUCCUACAUGGGCAAGGAGAACCUGCAGAGGCUUAUAGCUAAGGUCCAUGGUAUAAAGCAGGAUCUGAGUGGCUUGGGGACAGGCAUGGAGGAUAUCAGGGGGGUGUGCAGACAGCUGCAGUCCCAUCUGAAGAAGAUCCCUGACUGUAAUGAGACUCCAUUUGAGGCCGAGGCUGAUGGACUGGUGGACCAGUGGCUGGAUGUGACAGAGAAGACAGACUCAUGCUUAGAUAACCUGCGCAUGGGGCUGGAGCUGUGGGACAAGCAGCUGAUGUUAGGGGGAGAGGUGGACGGCUGGGCGGGGGCCAAACUUGCCCUGUUUGCAGAGAGCCACCCCUUCCAGAACGAACAGGAGAUCCUGACCAUAAGGGAUGAGAUCCAUGCCCAUGAGGAGAACAUUGAGCGUUUCCACAAGAAGUCCAUUGAGAUCCAGGAGCUUCUUCAAACCCAAGAGGCCCCAUUGGAGCUACAGGUGAUGGAGACCCAGCUGAGGAAGAAGAUGGAUCAGGUGGACGAGCUAUUCUCCGACAGCACUGAUGUCUUCCAGGAGCUGAUCGCUGUAAAGAGACACCUGGCAGAGAAGAUGACAGAGUGCCAGUCUGCCCUGCACAACAUCCAGUCCUCUCUGGGCACGCUCAGUAUGCCAGGAGACCAGGCCCAGAUGCAGGAUCUGUGUGAGCAGCUACAGGCCCAGGAGGAGCAGGCAGGGUCAGUGCUGAAGGAGGUGGGUCUCAUGUCCAGUGUGGCCAGCCCCCAGGUGCUACAGACCCUGUCUGUAGACGGCACCAGGCUCAGAGAGAACAUCUCACACACCAAAUACAUGAUCCACCAGAAACGGGAGGAGGGAGAACAGGGCCUCAUCAAGGUCAUCAAAAAUGAGAGCCAUUUGUUUGAAGAGUGGUUCCAGGACCUGCAGUUGUCUGUGAACGAGUGCUUUGAGAACCCAGUGUGUAAACAGGACGUGGAGGCCUCCAUGAAAAGACUGGCUUGUUUCCUGGCGUCUAAGGAUGGUGAGAAGCGUCUGGGUCAGGUGAGAGAGCACCUGGAGAGAGGCAGAGAGCAGGUUCCGCCAGAGCAGCUGGCCCACCUGAAAAGCUGGCUGGGGGAGCAGGAGAAGGAGCUGGCCACAUUCAGAACCCACUGUCAGGGCAGACAGAGCCAGCUGGACACUAUCCUCAGAACCCUCAACAGUCUACAGCAGGAACAUGAGCGUUUCCAUGACUGGCUUCAGGCCUGUGAACACAAGUCAGUGGAAGGAGAACAAGUCAACAACUUUCUCAAAGACCUCCACACAGAAAGUGAGAGAGUGGAGGCCCUCAGUGAGCUGUGUUCAUCGGUGCGGAGGCAGGGUCUGAGAGGGGACAGCCUGCUGACUGACACUGACGACCUCCUGCGGCGCCACCGGUGCCUGGAGGCCAGACUGCAGCAGCAGGCCGAGACCCAGAGAGUCCUGGAGGAGACCAGUAGGAGGUUUGAUACCCAGACUGACAGCACCAGGACCUGGGUUAGAGACCAGCAACAACGACAGCAUCACCAGAUCCAGAAAGAGGAGAGAAUACACACAGCACAGGCCAUUCUCAGUUCGAGACCUGAGGGAGACUCGAAGCUGCAGGACUUGAGGAGACGAGGUCAAAGUCUGUGUGAACAUCAGGACCUGGAGGAGAGCAGGAGACGAGAGGUUCAGCAGACAGUCAGAGACAUGGAGGAGGAGUGGAGGAGAGUCCUGCAGACUGCUGAGGAGACUCUUACCAAAGCUGAGAUGCAGAGUGCUAUCGAAGGCCAGCUGAGAGUGUUUGACUCCCAGACAGAAAGUACCAGGACCUGGGUCAGAGACCAGCAGCAGCAACUCCACUCUCUGGGCAACCAGGCCAAGACUGAGGACCAAAGACACACAGCACAGACCAUCCUGAGCUGCAGACCUGAGGGAGACUCUAAGCUGCAGGACUUGAAGAGACGAGGUCAAAGUCUGUGUGAACAUCAGGACCUGGAGGAGAGCAGGAGACGAGAGGUUCAGCAGACAGUCAGAGACAUGGAGGAGGAGUGGAGGAGAGUCCUGCAGACUGCUGAGGAGACUCUUACCAAAGCUGAGAUGCAGAGUGCUAUCGAAGGCCAGCUGAGAGACUUGGAAACCCAGAAGGAGAACUCCAGGGUCUGGAUCAAAGGCCAACAUCAACGCUUACUUUCUUUGGGCAGCCAGGCCAAGACAGAGAACAGAAUACAAACUGCACAGGCCGUCCUGAGUUCCAGACCUGAAGGAGACUCUAAGCUGCAGGACUUGAGGAGACGAGGUCAAAGCCUGUGUGAACAUCAGGACCUGGAGGAGAGCAGGAGACGAGAGGUUCAGCAGACAGUCAGAGACAUGGAGGAGGAGUGGAGGAGAGUCCUGCAGACUGCUGAGGAGACUCUUACCAAAGCUGAGAUGCAGAGUGCUAUUGAAGGCCAGCUGAGAGUGUUUGACUCCCAGACAGAAAGUACCAGGACCUGGGUCAGAGACCAGCAGCAGCAACUCCACUCUCUGGGCAACCAGGCCAAGACUGAGGACCAAAGACACACAGCACAGACCAUCCUGAGUUGCAGACCUGAGGGAGACUCUAAGCUGCAGGACUUGAAGAGACGAGGUCAAAGUCUGUGUGAACAUCAGGACCUGGAGGAGAGCAGGAGACGAGAGGUUCAGCAGACAGUCAGAGACAUGGAGGAGGAGUGGAGGAGAGUCCUGCAGACUGCUGAGGAGACGCUUACCAAAGCUGAGAUGCAGAGUGCUAUCGAAGGCCAGCUGAGAGACUUGGAAACCCAGAAGGAGAACUCCAGGGCCUGGAUCAAAGGCCAACAUCAACACUUACUUUCUUUGGGCAGCCAGGCCAAGACAGAGAACAGAAUACAAACUGCACAGGCUGUCCUGAGGUCCAGACCUGAGGGAGACUCUAAGCUGCAGGACUUGAGGAGACGAGGUCAAAGUCUGUGUGAACAUCAGGGCCUGGAGGAGAGCAGGAGACGAGAGGUUCAGCAGACAGUCAGAGACAUGGAAGAGGAGUGGAGGAGAGUCCUACAGGCUGCAAAAGAGGCGCUGGAUCGGGCUGAGGUACAAGAAAAAGAGCUGAGAGCUUUUGAAACCUGGAAGGAAGGCACUUGGGUCUGGGUGAAAGACCAGAAACAACAGCUACACUCUCAGAGCAGCCAGACCAAGACUGAGGAGAGACUACAUACCGCACAGGCUGUCCUGAGUUCCAGAUCUGAGGGAGACUCUAAGCUGCAGGACUUGAGGAGACAAGGUCAAAGUUUGUGUGAACAUCAGGACCUGGAGGAGAGCAGGAGACGAGAGGUUCAGCAGACAGUCAGAGACAUGGAGGAGGAGUGGAGGAGAGUCCUGCAGACUGCUGAGGAGACUCUUACCAAAGCUGAGAUGCAGAGUGCUAUCGAAGGCCAGCUGAGAGACAUGGAAACCCAGAAGGAGAACUCCAGGGCCUGGAUCAAAGGCCAAAAUCAACGCUUACUUUCUUUGGGCAGCCAGGCCAAGACAGAGAACAGAAUACAAACUGCACAGGCUGUCCUGAGUUCCAGACCUGAGGGAGACUCUAAGCUGCAGGACUUGAGGAGACGAGGUCAAAGUCUGUGUGAACAUCAGGGCCUGGAGGAGAGCAGGAGACGAGAGGUUCAGCAGACAGUCAGAGACAUGGAAGAGGAGUGGGGAGAAGUUCUUAAGGCUGCAAAGGAGGUGGUGGAUAAGGCCGAGGCUCAGAGUGUCAUAGAGAGGGAAAUGAUUGAAUAUGUUACCCAGAAGGGAAGCAUUCAGGCCUGGGUCAGAGACCACAAACAACGCCUACACUCUCUGGGCAGCCAGAGCCAGACUGAUGACAGAAUAAACAUAGCACAGGCUGCCCUGAGUUCCAGACCUGAGGGAGACUCUAAGCUGCAGGACUUGAGGAGACGAGGUCAAAGUCUGUGUGAACAUCAGGACCUGGAGGAGAGCAGGAGACGAGAGGUUCAGCAGACAGUCAGAGACAUGGAGGAGGAGUGGAGGAGAGUCCUGCAGACUGCUGAGGAGGCUCUGCGUCAGGCCCAGGUGUGGUAUUCUCUCUCCAGGCAGCUAGAGGCCUUCCAGGCCCUGGAGGAGAGCAGCAGAGCCUGGUUCCAACUGCAGCAGCAGAACACACACUCCCUGGGAACAGGCACCCGGGGCAGCAAGGAAGAAAUCCAGGACAGGCUGCAGAGAGCAACGGCUGUCCUGAGUUCCAGAUCUGAGGGAGACUCUAAGCUGCAGGACUUGAGGAGACAAGGUCAGAGUCUGUGUGAAAGCCAGGACCUGGAGGAGAGCAGGAGACUAAAGGUUCAACAGACAGUCAGAGACUUGGAGGAGGAGUGGGGAGAAGUUGUACACAAUGCUGAGGUGGUGCACAGACUGUUGCAAGGUGUGGUGGAACGCCUGGUGACCUGUCAGUACCAGAAGUGUCAAGCCCAGUCCUGUCUGGCUGAGGUCCAGCACCAGGCAGCAGAGCUGCCCCGUCACUUCCCCUGGCCUGGGCUGGGAGACCGGGGGCAGGCUGUGGAGAUGGCCAGGACCCUGCUGGAUAAAACCAGGAACCUGGCCCCAGCCCUGUCUGUCCUCCACACCCAGGGCAAGGAAAUGUUCCAGCUUACCCAGGACCCCAGCUGGACAGACCUCUUCUGGGCCACCAUGGAGAAAUGCAUCCCUGACCUUCUCCAAGAACUGACGGAGGCCUGUGUGAGGAUGGAGGAGGGCAUCCACAUGGAGAGGCACUGUGCCCAGCUAGUGGAACAGCAUGGGGCAGCCCAGGACUGGCUGAGGGAGCAUGUGAAGGGUCUGGGCCCCCAGCCCACAGACAGACAGGCUCUACACAGCUAUGCCAACACCCUGAAGGCCCUGCUCCAGACUGUCGACAGGGAGGAGAGGGAGAUGAGGGAGCUGGACGCAAUCCGAGACACCCUGCUGAGCCACUGCACCCCUGCUGGUCGUGACACCCUGACCCUGGAGGUCAGCCACCUCCACGACCUCCUCACUUCUUCUGAGAGGGAGAUGACGGAAAGGCUGGCAGGCUGCGAGGCCCAGCUGAAGGAGCUGGAUGUGAAGAUGGCCAAGAAGGCCCAGGGCCUGAGGGAGAGGGCCAAAGCCCUGCAGUGGGAGCUCCGUUCUCUGGACCAGGCCCUGAGCUACAGCGAGCCACACCCCAACAUAGCCCAGCUCCAGCAGCACUGGCACAGCCUCAAGAACUGCGAGAGGUCAUUGGAGGGGUUAGGGCUUAAAGUUCAUGACAUGCGUCAGGCUGCCAGACCUGCAUCCACAGAGGAGGACCUUCCCGCUGAAGUCAUCUCCAUAAUGGAGUUACUGAGCCAGCAGCACGACAGUCUGAAGACCAGGUUGGGUGAGAGGCAGAGCUGCUGCACUGAGAACACAGCUCACUGCCUCACAGCCUCUGUUCAGCUUCUGCAGCAGUGGAACCACUCCUCACCCACACGGACAGCCCCCUCCAUCCAGGCUGCAUUAGAGGAGGGUGUGCAGUUCCAAAAGGCCCUGAAGGAGGUGCUGUCUCACAGACAGUUCCUGGUGGACUGCCUGAAGCCUGACCAAGCAGACAGACUGGAGAAAGACACCACUGCAACACUCAGGGAUGCAGACACACACAUCACCUUUCUCACCGAGACUCUGAAAGAUGUAGCUGAGAAGAAUAAACAGAAAAUAGAUGUGACUCAGCCCGUUGCUGUCACUUCAGUCCAGACAGAAGACAAACCAGCCGCACCACCUAGGAGGACAGCCAAGACCAAGCAGACUCCCACCCAGGAGAGUCAGCAAGCUACACCACAGUUGCUUCUCCAUAUCACAGAGAAAAUCAUACCACAGCCACUCCCCCCUGUCACAGAGAAAAUCAAACCACAACCACUCCCCCCUGUCACAGAGAAAAUGAUACCACAGCCACUCCCCCCUGUCACAGAGAAAGUCAUACCACAGCCACUCCCCCCUGUCACAGAGAAAAUCAUACCACAGCCACUCCCCCCUGUCACAGAGAAAAUCAUACCACAGCCACUCCCCCCUGUCACAGAGAAAAUCAUACCACAGCCACUCCCCCCUGUCACAGAGAAAAUCAUACCACAGCCACUCCCCCCUGUCACAGAGAAAAUCAUACCAGUCAAACAAGAGACUUCAGCUGUCACUACCAUGGUGCAUACUGAAGCCCCAAGUUCAGGGUCUGUCAUGACACAAGAACUGGCAAAGGAGAAUAAAACUGCUGUCACACAGGUGCCAAAAGCUGCAGUAGAGCCUAAACAGAGCACGAUAGUGACCACUCGAUCGGUUGAAACCGACAUAACUUCCACCACCAUCCAAAUACAAGAUACCAAGAGUCGAUCGUCUGAGACCCUGAUGACAGAGAGAACUGCAGUCAAGGAGCAUGGUGCUACUCAUGUUACAAGAGUAGAGACUACAACUGUGAAGACGGUUAGUCAGGCAACUGACCAGAUAGACCAGGGCCUUGAUCAGGAGACAUCUUUGACAGAUGCCCUACGCUCACAGCAUGCUUACAUUGACUCUGAAAAACAACGUAGUCAUGACGACACACAAGUAAAACAAUCUCAGGUAAAACAAGCUCACGUCCCUGACACAAAAAGCCAAGUGUGUUAUGAUGUCGACACACCGCAGUCACUAGAGAAGAAAUUGUCCUCUGUCAUUCUGGACACUGACACUGUGUAUGUGCAGACACCAGAGAUGUGGCCACUGAUGAGCAGUGACACUGCACUGAACAUAUCCUCCGGAGCAGUAGUGCUUGAUACUGACAAAAUGGACUCGGACACUCAGUCCACCAGUCACAGUCCACAGCAGACAGAAUCACAGGACUCCACGGUAAGGCCCAGUGAACACCCUGAGAAUAGGCUUCCUCAGUCCCAGCCGGACAGAGCUGUGGAGAACAAGGUCAAGUAUGACACUGAGGAGUUAUGGAAGGACAGCAAGACUGAGACUGAACAACCAGACCUUAUACUGGACUUGCCUGAUGUGGCUCAGCCCACUGCUGUUGCCUCUUUCCAGGCUGUAGUCAAAGCACCACCCCCGUCCACACCACCUCGUAACAAGAGAAAAGCCAAGAGCCAGCAGGCCCAGCCCUCUAACACACAGCCUGCUGUGGAGAACAGGGUCAAGUAUAACACUGAGGAGUUAUGGAAGGACAGCAAGACUGACACUGAACAACGGUACAUUGUACUGGACCUGCCCACAGUGAGCGAUGUGGCUGUACCUCCUGCUGUCACCUCAACCCAGACAGAGGACAAAGCAAAGGCACCAUCCACACCACCUCGUAACAAGAGAAAAGCCAAGAGCCAGCAGGCCCAGCCCUCUGACACACAGCCCAACACAGCUGUGGAGGACAGUGUCAAGUAUAACACUGAGGAAUUAUGGAAGGACAGUGAGACUGAACAGCGAUACAUUGUACUGGACCUGCCCACAGUGAGCGAUGUCCAGAAAGAGCAUGUUGAUACUGCUGUCACUUCAAUCCAGACAGAAGACAAAGCUAAAGCACCAUCCACAUCGCCUCGUACCAAGGAGACAGCCAAGAGCCAGCAGGCCCAGCCCUCUACCACACAGCCUGCUGUGGAGAACAAGUCAAGUAUAACACUGAGGAGUUAUGGAAGGACAGCAAGGAUGACACUGAACAACGGUACAUUGUACUGGACCUGCCCACAAUGUGGCUGUACCUCUUGCUGUCACCUUAUCCAGACACAAGUCGAACCAAAAGCACCAGUACCAUCCACACUGCCCCGGACCAAGAAGACAGCCAAGAGCCAACAGUCUCCCACCCAGGACAGUCAGCAAGCUAAGCCACUGUCACACACCCCUGUCAAAGAGAAAACCAUACCAGUCAAACAAGAAGCUGCACCUGUGACUAAACCGGAGAGCAAGGUAAUCGGUUCUGAUCAACCCAGUCAAACAAAGACACACGUCACUAAGACAGUGCAGUCAGAGAAAGCAGAGACAGUGUGGACUGAAAUUGACAUAUCUCUGGCAGAGGUUAGCGAAGCAUGUCUACCACAGACUCAACCAGAACCCUCCAAAGCAACGAGUGACAGAGCUAUUGAGGUUGAGGACAAAGGGACCUGGGAAGAGCAUGCUAAAGAGUGGAGAAGUGAACAUGACCAAUGUGAGGUGCAAGAAAGGCUGACCGAACCAAAGGUGAAGUUGGAGGCUACUGCCCAAACAGACAGAAAACAGUCAGCUAAAUUCGAAAGUGAGAGUCAGCCAGUGAGUGAAAAACAGCCAAAGAGAGAUGCUGCCCAACCAAUCAAACAACAUGGAGCUACAGCUGCAACUGAGAGCACCAGAAAAGAAGACAGGGAGAGCAGCACUAAAGGCCAGCCAGAGCAGCAACAGGUGUGCAACACAGAGAAGCCAGAAGCUCCUGUUGAGGCAGAAGUCCCCGUUGUAAAGAAGGAGACUCUAACCCCAGACCCUUUUGUGAAAAAAGAGACCCCAGCUGUACCAGAAGGACCCACCAUGCAGGACAUCUUCACUGACAUCCAGCGCCUGUCACAAACUGGACCAACGAGCAUUCUCAUUGAGAUUAAACCUUGUGAGGACCCCAUGAGGAUUCUGAACACGUCUCUGGCUGACCUGCAGGCUCGUCUGAGCAGGCUGGUGGUCAGGGUACUGGGCUGCAGAAACCGCCCUGCAGACCUCAGCCCCGCAGCCAUGGCUUUGCAGGUGGAGGAGGCCGAGGAAUGCAGACAGGCUGCUCAGACCCAGGUGUCUGUGUUCUCCCAGCCCAGAGAGGCUCAGACUGCAGACCGGGAGGCCUUUGAGCAUAUGGAGAGCCAGUGGGGCGCAGCAGUAUGGGAUGCCUCGGAAGCUGUCCACUGUAAGGAGGCCCAGCUGCAGCUGGUCACUGAGGCGGACAGGCAGACACAGACAGUCAAGGCCACUCUGGAGAAACUGUCUGCAGAGCUGGAGGCCCUCACAACAUCCCCAGUGGAGAGCAGCUCAGCAGAAGCUGAGGAGCUACGUUCCUUUCUGCGGGGUAUGGAGGAGGACAGGACCGUCAUGGGGGAGCUGACCCUCACUCUCACCAAGCUGUCCCCCCACCUGAACCAGGCAAAGCGAGCUGCUGCACAGAUCCAGCAGAUAGGCCUGCAGGAAGAGUGGAGGUCACUGGAGAGAGCUUCAGAGAAGACCCUGUACUGUGUCAAUGGCUAUGCCAGGGAAACCAGCAGCCUUCUCGCAGAGAUCUCCUCUCUUCAGGAGCAACUGGAGGUCAUAGGAAAGGCUACAGGCUCACCCCAUUCCACUACAAUCCAGUGGGACAGCAAGAGGGCCCAGGAGCUGAUGAUGGUGAAUGCUGAGCUGACUGCAGCUCAGCAGAAAUGCCUCUACCUGCAGCAGGGCUCAGAGGCUCUGGCCCACAGCUCCCUAUAUGAGAAGGAGACGAGGCAGAUAGAACAGGGGCUCCAACAGGUCAAGGAGCAGCUGGAUCGUGUUGGGGAGCAGGUGUCCUCUCAGACCCCCAGCAGUGACAACCCUAUCAUGAAUAAGAUCCACAAGGUAAUGAUGGACGCCUUUGCCUGGGCCAAGCAGAUGGAGAGCGACAUUGAGGGCCGGAGGAGGAAGGUGGCCCUGCUCCCUGAGGGGGUCCAUCGGCAGAUCAAAGACCUGAAGAAGCUGCAGUGGGAGAUGGCGGCCAAGCAGGCCCAGCUGGAGGCCCUGGUGGAGGAGGUGGAGGAGCUGCUCCCAGAGCUGGACCAGGCUGAUGAGGUCCCCAUGGUGCACUCCUCCCUGGUCAGCCUGGAGAGUCUGUCCAGGUCCACCACAGAGAAGCUAGCCAAGGCUGUGAAGGAGAUGGAGUCAGGCUUGCAGACUAGAGAGAAUAUGUCAGAGCAGAUAGCAGACCUGGACUCCUGGGUGGUGGGUCACCUCCAUAGAGAAGCCUCCAGGAGGGGAGAGGGGGAGGGCCAGAGUUCUAAAGACCUGGAUCGCCGAGUCAGACAGAUUCAGGAGACCCUGGUAGAGGCGGAGAAACAGGCUGCUGUGUCCGAGGCUCUUCUCAUGAGGAGCAGAGACAUUGCCUCUGAGCUCAGCAUCACAGAGAACUGCCUCCUCAAUGAGAAACUCACAAACCUCCAGGAGGACAUCAAGAGCAUCAUCAGCUAUGAGAAAGCUAACCAGCAGGAGCUGGAGGAACUCCUUCAGACUCAAGACGCAUCUAGGCAGAAGGUGACCACGGUGGAGAAGAGCCUGAGACAGAUGCUGGUGGACCUAAACAGACACAGGUUCCCGGUCACCAGGGAGACUCUAAGCACCAUUGAGCCGUUUAAACACAUGAUCAUGGAGCACAAGUGCCAGGUGGACAAGCUGCAGCCCUUCAUCCCUGAGGAGAAGAAACAAGAGCUGCUGUGUGUCAUUUCCCAGUUGCACUGCAAAAUGAGCACGCUGAAUAUGAAGGCCAAAGAACACGAGAGGUACCUCACCUUCAGGCAGUGUGUGGAGGAACUGCGGGAAAAUGUGGAGGAGCAGGUCCUCCAGACCAAGGAGGAGAACAGGGGGAAGGAGGAGAGGUACACGACCGGUCAGGUCAUCCUCAUUCAGCUCCCUCUGAUAAAGAGACUGUGUGAGGAGGCUGCCGAUGAGCUACAGAGCAUCUCCCAGGAUCUCUAUCCCUCACAGCUGUCUGCAGAGCGUGGGCGGCUUAAGCAGAACCUGGAGAGCUUCCAAACCUGGGAGAUGACUGUGAUCAACAACAUCCAGAUCCUGGAAUGGGGCCUGCUGAAGGAGGUGCACCUCCAGUCGGAGCAGAGAGCUGUGCUGGCCUUCCUAAGGGACAUCCAGCGGGAGCUGCAGCAACCAUGCCAAGUGGAGCCCACCGAGGAAGCCGUCGACAAGGAGCACUGGAGGAUUGUGACCCUGCGGAUGACCGUGGAGUGCAGACUGAAGGUGUUGAAGAUUCUAGAGCGCAAGAAAGGAACUAGGCAGCAAGAUGGAUCCCUGGAAUAUAGUGACAUGAUGGACCUGAAGAAUGCAAUCCUGAAUGAAUGUGACUUACGAAUGGAGAGCGUUUCCCAGGCACGGAAUUCUUUGAGAGACUACACUGGAGCUGUGAGUGGUGCUGUCAGGUUCCUCCAGGAGGCUGAGGCCCUGCUCCAUCCCUCAUUAGCCCCAGUAGGAGGUUGCCUUGAGAGGCUGAGAGACAUCCAGCAGGCCCUGGCCUCCAUGGAGGAGCAGCUCCAUUCCCAUAUAAGCCAGAUCCAGACCCUGGCCCUCCAGCAUGACUACCUGAGCCCCCAGAUGGUGGAGCGUCUACAGAGGGAGGUGCUGAGCCAGCUCCUGGUGCGGAUGUCCACCCUCCAGGCCCAGGCCCAGCUCAAACUGGAGGCCCUGCAGAGGUGUGCUGAGUAUCACAGAAGGUAUAGGAAGUGCCAUGAGGAGAUCUGCCAGUGUGUAAAGAGCGCAGAGACCCAUCUCUCCUACUGUCGCUCUCACAAAGUCAGCUCUCUCACAGACUGCACCGACCAGCAAGCUAAGCUAAAGGCUCUGUCUGAGGAGGUGGACUCUGUAACAGGGCUUCUAAAGUGUUUGGGGGAGUGGUGCCCGGAGCAGGGUUGCCGUUGCAGCAGGGAGGGGGCGGUGAGCGCGCUCUGGAGGCAGGUGGCAAGACUGCAGCGUUGCACCCGCAAUCUGAAGACUCACUCAAAUCAGAGGGCAGACGAAUGGAGUGAUAUUACAAAGAGCGUGGAGCGAGCAUCCAUCAUGCUGGAGCAGGUGGAGGCUGAGCUGCCAAAUGACUCCAGGGAGAAGGUGUGUGGGGAAGAGCUGCAGGUGCUGCUGUUGUACUGGGACCAGUACCAGGACAGGCUAGACUGUGAGCACCGAGCUCUCUCAGCUCUCGAGCUCCGCAUCGCCAGACUGCUGGGCGUCCCCGCCCACCUGGAGCAGGCCCCGCCCAACCCGCUGUGUCAACAGUUGCAGGUCAUGCAGGACCGCUAUGACAGUCUGAAGGAGAAGAGCAUGCUGGGGCGGUGUGUGGUGCGGACGGAGGUGGAGGAGAGGGACAAGGUGAGGGAGGAGCUGAGUGGGGUGAAGGCGUGGCUGGUGACUGCAGAAGACCUCCUGUCACAGCUGGAGCAGUGUCCCAACACACAUAAGCUACAUGAGGUUCACACCCAGCUGUGUACCCAGAAGGCAGUGCUGCAGCGCAUCAUGGACGGUCUGAGGAUGAAGUACUCGGACAUGUACACCCUGGUUCCCGUGGAGAUAGAGGGACCGCUACAGGACGUGACACACUCACUGCAGGAAGUAGAGGAGAAGGUAGGGGAUGUAAUGGAGAAGAGCGGUCCCCUGCACAGACUGGGAGCCAAGGUGUCUGAGAUCAAGGCUGGUCUGGGAUCAGUGCAGGACAAACUGCAGCAGAGAAGCACCUCUCUUUCGGAGGCAGAAAGCACACAGAAGCGUGUGUGGGACGAGCUGGACAUGUGGCACUCCCGUGUGGCAGCGUUGGAGGUGGAGGUGCAGGAUCUGGAACAGGCUGAGGAGGCCCAGGUCCUCACAGAGAGCCUGACGGAGGCCCAGCUGCUCCACUCACACAUGGCCAAGCAGGCAGAGCAGAGGACCGCCUUCCUCAGCAAGAUCAGCACAUGGUUACAGGAGCAUGAUGAGAUGAUCAACAGCUCCAACAGUUGGCUAACUGAGGCUCAGUCUUGGCUCACUGCUCCCUGUACCUACACUACAGCCAAAGAUUUGGCCAGCUACGUCCACGCACUACAGAUGGUGCUGGAUGACUCUCAGCAGAUCCGCAUCACUCUGCAGGGCUUUGUGUCCGUGCUGAAGGAGAUCUCCCUGGUGUGUGACAUCACAGCGCAGCAGGAGCAGCUGGCCGAGGCUGACCGCCUUGUGGCCACUGUGCAGCAGGGCUUUGUGGCUCCACUCUCCCAGCUAGACCAUGCCGCCGCCGAGGUGGAAGCUAUAGAGACGGAGGUGAAGAUGAUGGAGAAGGACGUCACUGAGAUCAGGACGUUGUUAUCGUCCCCUGACACUCUUCCCAGCCCCAGAGAGGAGAGCCUGAAGGUGUGUGUGGACAGGAUCCAGUCUUUGGGUACGACCAUAGCAGAGAUCCAGAGCUGUAAGCCAGGCCUGUGUCUGCCAGAGAAGGCUGAGGAGACCCUCACUGUCUUUCAGAGAGUGGACCAGCUCCAACAGAAGCUAGAAGAGCUGGAGAAGAUGGUUCCAGGGGAGUUCAUAGUGAAGAAACAGACACUCACUUUACCGCCAGUGAAGGUCCCUGCUCCUAGCCCAACUGUACCCACCUCUUCCACAGAGAAUGUUUCUGUGCCCAGCUCAACAUUACCAGCCACUGAGGAAGCAGACGAGAAUGGAGUGGAGCAGGGACAGAUCCAGAUAGUCCAUGUAGAGGAAGACGUGCUGAAGUCUUCUCCUGAACAGAGACUCAGCUGGGGAACGGAGAAGAGUCGGGACCCUGAGGCUGCAUCAGAAGGGAACCAUGCUGCAGCUGAGGAAGAAGGGGGAAGCACAGCCAUGGAUCAGAGUCAGGACCCAACUGAACAGGACCUCUCUGUAGUGGGUCUCUCGGUCGCCUCAGGAACAAGUGUGUCCGAAGCUUUAUCAAAACCCGUGGGCACAGUCAGAACACAGUCUCUGUCUGAAAGCAUGGAGCUCAUGGGACAGAGGGGGCUUGCAUGGAGGGGGGAUGACAGCCACCCAGAGGGGCUGAAGACACACAUCAGAGACACACACACACACCCAGGGGGCUCACCUGCUGCACAUAUACUCACAGAGGAUGUACAGACACUCACUGAGGUCACAGUGGACACAAGUGUCCCCAAAGACAUCCAGACAGUAACUCCAGUCAUUUUACCAACGAUGAGACUGUCAAAGGUGGAUAGUAGGCUGGUGUUAUCUGAGGCAGGGCAGGCCUGUCUGGUUCAGCCACCCUCUGAGAAGGCUCUGGUUGUUCCAGAGCAGAGGCCCACAGUGCCCCAGCCAAUGCCCAGAAAGAAAAAAAGCGCACCUCAGACAGGGUUGCUCACGGCACCAUCCCAGCCUAUAGAAAUGGCACUCAAUGUAUCCACUGGACAGACACACACAGCCUCUGAUCUCACACACCAGACACCUGUGCAAGUUGAGGCAUCUACCCCUCUAGCAGCACCUGAGGAGACACCCACCACCACCACCCUGGGCGUGGUCAGCACACACACUGUCCCCCAGACCACACUCAAACCAACCGAAGAGGACAUGGAGGGUGUGCAUCCAGCAGCAACCCUGGCCCUAGGGGUGUUCCCAGCCCCAGCCUUGACUGGGCCCUGCCCCACUCUGGAGGUGCUUAAUGCCUACAGUGAGCAGGCCACCCAGCUAGAGGUUUGGCUGGAGAGAGCCCAGCACACCCUUGGAGUGCUGGAGCGGUCCUCCACUGCCAGCAUGCAGGACAGUGUGGAGCAGCAGCUCCUCACGUGCCAGGAGAUGUUCCUGGAGAUAGAGCAGAAGGUAGCCAGUCUGUCUGUCCUGGAGCAGCAGGAGGGCUCAGCAGGGUCCCACCAGGAGGCUGAGGCCCUCUCCUCCAAACUGGAGCUGCUCAAGACCAGCCUGGUCACCUUCCAGCUGUUGUUGCAGGAGAGACAGAGCCAUGAGCAGAUGCACACCAGCACACAUACAGAGGCGCAGGUGCCGUCACCGUCACCGUCAUCACCCAGAAAGCUUCCUCUAGAGGGCAGACUGCAGCGUAGCGGCAGUGUCCAGGAGAUUCUCUCUUCCUCCAAGAGCAAACUCUUUAGACAGACCAGCUUUCAACAGCAGAAGGAAUUGGAGCAGGAGCUGAGUGAGCAGAGAGGCCUGACCAAGGCUAUCGCCCAGCAGGGGAGUAGAGGUCGUCUCCACAGCCAGGCCCAAAAGGAUCAACCUGAGCCAUCCACACGAGUUCCUGUUGAACCUGAAGGAGGGGGGGAGGCAGGGGUCCAAAGGAAGUGGACACACCUUCACAACCAGCUUCUGGCCUUGGAGCAGACUGCACAGCAAGGUCCUUCUGAUGGGACAGACUCAUCUGUCAGUCAGAGCAAUGGAUCAGCCAGUAGUCUCAUUGACUCCCACAGCAUUCAGGACAUACAGACACACAUAUGUCGGCUGCGGGAGCUGGGCCAGACUGCCAGUGAGGUGGUGACUCAGUCUGUGCCGGAUGAGGAGGUUCAUCAGAGGCUGGAUGAGGGUCUGUUUGAGGUGCUAUGUGGGGUGGGCCUAUCUCUGUCCACACUGACCCGGCUCCUGCAGUCCCCCUCAGGGAAGUCACACGAGGACACACAGCUCCAGCUGAUGCAACUCGAGACUCUGGCAGCAGAGCUGGUGACCCUGGGUGGUGAGCUGACCUCCCAGGGGUCAGAGGUAAUUGGUGUUUUGGGGUCAGGUGGAGGUCAUCUAUGUGUGGAUCACCUAGGUAAACUCCUGCCUGUGGUCCAGAGCGGUCUGGCUGCCAGAGAGAAGCAGCUGCAGGCCCAGCUGGAGAAGACAGGCCAUCACCAGACACUCUUAAAAGAGUUGCAUGCAGCCCUUCUUGCUAAUAAGUUGGCCGUACAACAAAUGACUAACGAAGCUGUCCCUCAAGACACUUGCAAGCAGCUACAGGCUGUGGUGCAGGUCCAGGGAGAGCUGCAGCUUCAGUCCAGCCAGGUGUCCUCCCUGCAGGAGAGGGCAGAGAGACAGGGUCUGCCCUCCACACUCAUAGAGGAGGCCUACAAGCUGGAGGUCGUGCUGGAAAGUGUGUUGGGCUCUGUGGGCGCCAGACGUGAGGAGCUGAGGGCCAGUGUGGAUCUCCAGCAGCAGUUUGAGAGGCUGCUACAUGGCCUGGAAGUGCUGGUCACCCUGGGCUCAGAGCGUCUCUCACAGAGGCCUGGUCUGGAGCUCCACACCAGGACUGAGCUACAGGACUGCCUUAGCACACAUUCGAAGUUCUUCCAGUUCCUGGGGAUCCACCUGGGGACCCUGCAGCACCUAUCCACGAGAGUCGCAGAGAGCACCCUCCAGAGGUGGGAGGGAGGGAUGAGGGGCCUCCAGGAGAGGGUGACCCAACUGCAGCAGCAGGCCCUGGAGAGAGGCACCAGGAUGCAGUGGAUCUUACAGAUAUGGACACAGUGGGAGGAGGAAAGUACCAGUCUGGACACCCUGCUUAGGGAUAUGGACGCUGGCCUGUCCAAGAUGCACCUGGAGGAGGACUCAGUGGCACAGAUUUGCGAGAAACUCUCUGUCUAUCAGAAAAUGAGAGCAGUCCUGGAUGAGAGUGGGGCAAAGUUCAGCCGGAUGCAGGAGCAGGGGAGGUGGCUGAAGGAGGCGGGUUGCCAAGGGGUGGGUGUGUUUGGGUGUGGCCUGGAGGCUCGCUGGACCACCUUUCACUUCAGGCUGGAGCAACAACGAGUCAGCACAGAUAGGAACAGGAAACUGUGGAGCAGGUUUUCCCGUGACUUUGUGGCACUGAGCAAGUGGAUUGGUGGGGCCAGAGAACACAUCAACAGUUGGAUCAUUUUCACUCUCACAGCCAAUCAGGAGCGAGAGCUGAAACCCAUUCACUCCCACCUUAACCAGUAUAUGGACUUCACCAAAGAGCUGGAGGUUAGGUCGGCUCUGAAGGCCUCAGUGAUCACCACUGGAACACAGCUACUGCAGCUGAGAGAGGCAGAGACGGCGCCAGAGCCCCAGUCUGUUGCGCCAGAGCAUUGCUCUGUACAGACCCAGCUCAGACAGAUAGAGCAGGACUGGGCUGGCAUUCUGUCUGAUAUACCUGCUGUGCAGCAGACUCUGCAUCAGUUGUUGAUGGAGAGGCUGUCCCCACAGGGGGCCUUGACAGAGCUGCUAGCCUGGGUUGGAGAGACUGAGGCCAGGCUGGAAGAGCAGUGGGAUAGGGUCCACCAAACCACCUCCACCAACGCGAACCUCAACCUAGUCCUUCAGAGCUUCAAGGUGUGUAAGGCUGAGAUAGCAGUCCGCCAGCUCACAGUGGACUAUGUCAACCAGUCGGAGUUGCAGACGAGCAGAGGGAGAUAUGAACACCCAGAUUAUGCUGAUGAGCUGGGCGGUCUUAACCACCGCUGGCUCAGUCUACAGGGCACCCUCAACAACCAGAUCCAGGAUGUUGAACAGGAGCUGAGGAUGUGCACAGAGAGAGAGGUCAGACUGCAGCACCACCACACCUGGCUCACCAGUCAGAGAGAGUGGAUGGGCUCAGCCCAGAGGCCCGUCAGUCACUCUGAGGUGGAGAAGAGCUUAAAAACCUGUGAGGGUCUGGAGGAGAAACUCUGGCUAAAUUAUACAGCUCUUCAAGAGUUGAGAGAGAAACACCACACAGGAAAAGAGGAUGGCACCUGUGCCUUCAUCACUCAGACAGAUGAUGUCAUUAAGGCCUGUACAGCCCUUAGUCAAGAGAACCCAGCUGUGCGACAGAGACUGAAACAGGUUUUGGAGCUGUGGGCUGGGUUUGAGAAAGGACUGAAUGAUGCAACACUGGACACAGUGAAGACCUGCCAGGCUAUGAAAUACAGCUGCUUCCCUCAGCUUUCUCUCCAGGCCCUGCAAGGACUCCAUGAAAAGCUCCAGCUUCUAAGGAAGGAGACUGAGGGGUGUGACUCAGAAUGGGACGGUCUGAUCCACACUCUCUCCAUCCUCAGGGACAUGAUCAGUCCUACGGCCACCUUCCUCAUGUCAGAGCAACUGGAUAGAGAGAGAACCAGGUGGAAUAAGGUGAAUCGUGAGCUGGAGAAUCACCUGAAUAGAACUCAGACACUGCUCCAGAUCUGGGGGGCUUAUGCCCGUCUCUCUGUACCUUUCUCCCAACGUCUGCAAACACUGAGGGGUGAUGUCACAGCUCUGAUGAACCAGCCACCUGGUCAGGACAACACUACACCACUGGUUGUAGCCCAGAUACAGGCCGUCCAUAGCCUGCAGGAGAGAACAGACCGUUUACAGACCGACCUGGAGGGGGUGCUAGAGGCCUCUAAGGAACUCAGUGGACGAGUGGAACCCUCGUCUGCCGUCUUCAUCCAAUCAGAGAGCCGUAUGCUAACCCGUGGUGUCCUACAUCUGAGCCAGUCACUGGCCGAUAAACUUGGGCAUCUCCAGGAAGAGCAUGUGCAGCUCCAGGAGUUUGAGAGUGUCUUGGCAUCCCUUGAGAAACACCUUGAGGACUGGGAGGGGAGACUGAAAAGUGUAACCGUGCCUCCACAAAUGUAUAUAUCCAAGAUGGGUCUGCUGGAGCUGAGUGGUUUCUCUGCUGACCUUGAUAUACUGAAUGAGCUGAGCUACAGGCUGACCCUCAGUAACCCUGCCACCCACAGACUACAGAGCCUCAACUGGAGCUGGGCUCAGGCCUCGGCCCGUGCUGUGGAGACCUACAGUGAGUUGCAGACAGAGUCACUGAGGCAACAGAGUUUUCAGGAGAAGUGUGAGAACUGGAUGGACUUCCUACAGACGAUGGAGGACAGCCUAGCAGUAGACCUGGCCAGUACCUACAGCGGCCUGAGAGAGCAGCUACGCACACACCAGAGGUUCCAGUUAGAGAUGUCUAUCGGUCAUCAGAUCCUGCACUCUGUCAUCAAUGAUUCUCUACGUCUGCUGCAGAGGGGAGACGUGGAUGAUAGGAGCGACUUUAUCCUGAAGCUGGCCCAGCUGAGGGAGCACUGGCAGGGGGCUGUGCAGAGGGCAGCUCAGAGGAGCUCCCUGGUGGAGGGGCUAGUCAAACACUGGCACCUCUACAGCCGCAGCCUCAGCAAGCUCCAGAGGUUCGUAGCAGAUGCCCAGGCCCUCCUGCCCCCCACAGGGCCAGCCCACUGCAGCCUGCAGCAGCUCCGAAGCUCCCUCUACGACAUGAAGCACACGGAGCUGCUUUUCCAGAGGUACCAGUGCAGCUACAUCCACACUCUGGAGCUAGGCCGUCAGCUCUUCUCCAUGGGGGACGAACAGACUCAGGCACAGCUGCAGACCGAGCUGGCUACCCUGCAGGAGGACUGGGAGAACCUGCAAGGACUGCUGGAAAAGAGAACGGACAUAACAAACGCUAUCAUUCAGAACUGGGAGCGCUGCGAGGCCAGACUAUCCUAUAGCAUGCAGCAGCUGGACACCAUGCAGACCGGACUGAAGCAGUCGAUCCCAGAACAUGACAAUGAGCUCCAAGUUACAGAGAAACUCACUAAGGAGGCUGAGAACUCACUGGAUGACUGGGCUGAGAGCCUGACUGAACUUGCCACCAUGAAGACGGACCUGUCCCAGUACAUCAUUGCUGACGACGUGCUGCUACUCCAGGAACAGGUGGAGCACCUCCACUGUCAAUGGGAGGAACUCUGCCUCAAGGUCUCCCUACGCAAACAGGAGAUAGCAGACCGUCUCAACGCAUGGAUCAUCUUUAAUGAGAAAAACAAGGAGCUUUGUGAAUGGCUGACGCAGAUGGAAAACAAAGUAGCACACAAUGCCGACAUCAGCAUCGAGGAGAUGGUGGAGAAGCUGAAGAAGGACUGUAUGGAGGAGAUCAACCUCUUCAGUGAGAAUAAAACCCACCUGAAGCUGCUUGGAGAGCAGCUCAUCACCGCUAGCAACAAGACCAAGGAGACCGAGGUCAACGACAAGCUGAAGGACAUCAACGACCGCUGGCAGCACCUGUUUGAUCACAUAGAGACCAGGGUGAGGAAGCUAAAGGAGACUCUGGUGACAGUGCAGCAGCUGGAUAAGAACAUGAGCAACCUGCGGACGUGGCUGUCACGGAUCGAGGCCGAGCUGGCCAAACCCGUGGUCUACAGCGACUGCCACAGUGAUGAGAUCCAGAGGAAGCUGGCUGAGCAGCAGGAUUUGCAGCGGGACAUUGAGCAGCACACGGAGGGCGUAGCGUCAGUUCUGACUCUCUGUGAUGUUCUUCUCCACGACGCUGACGCCUGCGGGAGCGACACAGAGAACGACUCCAUCCAACAGACCACCCGCAGCUUGGACCGUCGCUGGAGGAACAUCUGUGCCAUGUCCAUGGAGAGGAGGAUGAGGAUUGAGGAAACAUGGCGACUGUGGUGUAAGUUCCUGGAUGACUACUCCCGCUUUGAGGACUGGCUGAGGACAGCUGAGCGCACUGCGGCCAACCCUGUCUCGGCGGAUGUCCUCUACACCAGCGCCAAGGAGGAACUCAAGAAGUUUGAGGCUUUCCAGAGGCAGGUCCAUGAGAGGCUGACCCAGCUGGAGCUGGUCAACAAGCAGUAUCGCCGUCUGGCCAGAGAGAACCGCACCGACGCCUCCAGCAAACUCAAGGUCAUGGUUCACGAGGGCAACCAGCGCUGGGACAGCCUGCAGAAGAGGGUGGCCGCCAUUCUCCGUAGACUCAAGCACUUUACCUCUCAGAGGGAAGACUUUGAGGGCACACGGGAGGGUAUCCUGGUCUGGCUCACUGAGAUGGACCUGCAGCUAACCAACGUUGAGCACUUCUCAGAGAGCGACAUCGAGGACAAGAUGAGGCAGCUCAAUGGCUUCCAGCAGGAGAUCACUCUGAACACCAAUAAGAUCGAUGCUCUGAUCGUGUUUGGGGAGAACCUGAUCCAGAAGAGUGCUCCUCUGGACGCCGUGCUGAUAGAGGAUGAGCUGGAGGAGCUGCACUCCUACUGCCAGGAGGUGUUUGGCAGGGUGGCCCGCUUCCACCACCGCCUCAUCAACAGACGCCCGGUUCUGGAGGAGGAGCGGGACCUGUCUGACCGCGACACAGAUCUGGAGGACUCAGCGGAGCUGGCUGGAAGUUCCUGGGGGGAGGAAGAUGAAGAGGAAAAGGAGGAGGAUGAGUCCCGAGUGACGGGCGAGUUAUUGGGACGACAGGCCGGGUGCCGUCUCUUGGCCCCCCCUCUGGAGUGUUCGGGGCGAGAGACCCCGGUCAGCGUGGACUCUAUCCCCCUGGAGUGGGACCACACUGUGGACGUGGGGGGAUCUUCAUCCCAUGAGGAUGAGGAGGAUGCUACCUACUAUAGCGCCAUGUCAGUGAAGUCGGUGACAGACCCCCCCAGCUGGCACUCCCCUGAGCCACAGGAGAGGAAACAUGUUCCCAGGGACAUCAUCCUGGGCCUGGGCUCCUCUCCCACCCACAUCACCAGCACCCCCUUUCACCAGCAGGGCUAUGUCAAGCUGAUGUCAGAGUGCAGUGGCAGUAUCGACAGUGUGAAGAGGGUCAAACUGAUCUUAAAUGAUGAGGAACUGGAGGACCAAGGCCUCACCACGUUAACCACCGCAGACAAACAGACUGGUGUGAUCGAGCGCUGGGAGCUGCUGCAGGCCCAGGCCCUCAGUGACGAGCUGUGCAUCAAACAGGACCUGCAGCAGUGGCAGAAGCUGAACUCUGACCUCAAUGAGAUCACUUCCUGGCUGGGCCAUGUGCUGCCAGAGCUAGAGAUGCUGCAGAGGCUGGCCCCAGCUACCAGCAUCAAAGACAUGGAGGGCAACAUCAGGAGACUCAAGGAGAUGCAGAAGACGUUCAACAGCUACAAGUCUCUGAUGAUCUCCAUCAACCUGAGUGGGCAGGACUUCCAGUGUGGGGACAGCGCUGAGCUGCAGGAGCUGCAGGAAGGCCUGAGGACAGCCAAUCACAGCUGGACACAGGCCUGCGUCGGCCUGGAGAGCUGGGAAGAACGACUGCAGAGCGCACUCAUGCAGUGCCAGGAGUUCCAUGAGACGCUGCACUCCAUGUUGCUGUGGCUGGCCAGGUCUGAGAGCACACACUACGCCGUCAACAUCCAUGACCGGUUUGCACAGCACUCUGUCCUGCUGGAGCACAGAGACACACUCAUGGCCCUGGAAGAAGAGUUGCAUGGGCGCCAGCGGCAGGUCUCCUCCCUUCAGGAGAUCUCCUCCCAGCUCCUCCUGGAGGCCACGGCCGAGGACAGCGUCGAGGCAAAGGAGAAGGUCCACGUUAUCGGCAACAAGCUCCGACUCCUACUGCGCCAGGUGGCCAAUGACCUGCACAUCCUGCAAGGAAGGCUGGUACGUCAACAUUGGGAAUCGUGUCCAACCAGCUCUGAGAUGGAUAGUGUUGCUCCGGGAUCGCUCAGCUCUCAACUCCAGCUGCAGAAGGAGAAAGCUGGAAUGAGAGCUGCAGGACUCCAAGACGCAGGCUGCAGAAAGGAGGAGAAGGGGGACUCUUCCUCAGCUCGGCCAUUCUUCUACAGGGUACUGCGUGCUGCCUUCCCCCUUCACCUGCUCUUCCUGCUGCUGCUGGUGCUGGCUUGCCUGGUGCCUCUGUCUGAAGAGGACUACAGCUGUGCCCUGUCCAACAACUUUGCCCGCUCCUUCUACCCCAUGCUGCGCUACACCAACGGCCCCCCGCCCACAUGAGACAGCAACAACACCCCCUCCCCUAACACUCACCCCCCCUGCCCCAGUCUUUUAAAGUCCCCAUUCACCACUGUCGGAAACGGCCCCGAAAAAACAGAGACUGGAGCCAAGCGUUCUGUUUCUCCACUCCAAAUGUUUUGUUUUUUAAAGUUGUCUAAAGUAAAAUUGAAUUUAGGUAUUUAUGUAUACAUAUUUAUAUUUAAUAUAUGUUGAGCGCUCAUGAAGUUAUGUGGCUCUGAAAAUAAGAAAAUAAGCCAUAUCAUUGGUUUGAAGUAAACAUUUUUAUAUGUAGUGAAGAUGUUGAUUAUUAUCCCCAUCGAGUUGUUUUCCAAAUACAAAAAAAAUAUUUUAAAAGUUAUUUUGAUAGCUUUGUUUUUAUCAUUGCAGAUACUGUAUACUCAUAAUAAUGGCAAACUGCAGUUGCUACCAAAGGAUCAGAGUACUGAGGAUAUUGAUCAUUACUGUUUCUACCAUUUUACUUAGGACAACCAAUUGUGGAUAGCACAUUUUUGUACAUAUCGACUGAAAACGAUUUUGUUUUUGUCUAUUUGAUUUAGAAUCAUGUACACUGUGAUAUGUCAUUUUCACUGAAUUAUGGUAGCGAAUCAACUGCAAACAUGCCUUGCUGUAGUCAGUGCUUUAGAAAAUGUUUUUGUUUAAAAAUAUUUUAUUUACACUAGUGUACCUAUGAUUUUGUGUGUAUGAGUGCAUAAUGGCAAACUACUGACAAAGCAAUGGUAAAUUAUUGACAAUGUGUGUGUGCAUAUGUGAGUGAGUAACCCUAUCUCCCACAGAGGCCUUAUGUGAUUGUGGGCCACCCUGGGCUAAUGGGGGACAUAGAGUGCGGCUUACAAAUCGUUUUAGCACCGGAGAACUAAAUCAACAAUGUUUGGAUGUACCCAUCUGGAAGCUGCUCUGUUACACUUUUCUUUCCUGCGGUUGAAUAUUGUGAGUAAAAUCUGAUGCUGUCAUAGCUGUAGAAUACCGUAAAUACACUACAGUAUAUGAAUAUAUAGGUGACAUGAACCUGGACCAGUCAGUGAGCGAUUAAUGUUGCGGUGUACAUGCAGAAUCAAAGACUGCGUAUAGACUCGAAGGUUUCCUGUCCGUAUGCUUUGGCUUUCUUCACAAAGAAGGCUUACUCAUGUGUAAAAAAAUGACAGUCAAGCUGGAGCUGAUCAGAGAACAGUUAAUUGACCUUGUUCCAUUAUUAGUGUACAUAGUCAAGUCACUUUGUACUGCUCUGUAGUACAAUGAAACAAAGAAAACAAUGGUGUACAGUUCAAUACGUUUUUUUAAUGCUUAUUUAUGGAUGAUGAAUAGCUUGAAUUCAUUUUUACUUGACAAUAAACAUUGUUUGCCAUAA